ACUCCUUUAUCUACCUUUACGCUGCGCUCGAGCCCGAGACGUGGAGCUAAUCCUCGCCGCGUAAACCAACAACAACAUCAACAACAAUGACUCACAACAACAACAACAACAUCAACAACAACAUCAACAACAACAACAAAGAGGAACCAUAACACAACAGACCAGGCGCGGAUCCACGCCCUCCUCGCAUUGUAAUCUCUCUAUCUGAACAGAAAAAGUGGUUUUAAAACAGCUGCGUCGGGUGUUAAAGUGUCUUCUUUGGUGCGCCCCGGUGGACGGCACCAUGUCCAACAAGCAGGAUGAGGGAGGGAGGUUUGGGGAGGGGGAGGAGGGGCGCUGUGCUGUGCUGUACACGCCUGCAAAACUUUAUUAAUAAAAAGGAAUUAGCUGUAGGGGGGAGAGAGAGAUGACUGGUUUUAUUUCUCCCACCCUCUCAUCUCCAAAACGGUAGGCUUGUGCACCAAUGGAGGGGAAGGAGAGACAGGAGGAGGAGGAGGUGUUGGAGGAGGAGAGGGGGGUGUUUAACAGUCCUAAAAACCAUCUUUUCUGUCCAGUUUUAUCCGCCAUACGAGACCAGCGCGAUACUACUGUGAACUAACUUCCUGCAUGUGGGCUUUAGGUGAAACGGGAUUUCUCGGGCUGAGCGUCCGCCGCCGCUGACUGUCCAUGCGCGCUCCUCUCCUCCUCUCUCUCUGUGGAUGGUGCGUAAUAAUAUCAUCUGGAGAGGCCGAGGCCGACAUUUUACCCCGGUCCGGAGGAGCCUUAACUCCGAGGGGACAUCCGAGGACACAUAAGUUGGGGAGGCCGAGAGCUGCAGGGCUACGUCAUGUGAAAAGGACUCGACCUCUUGACCCCUCUCAACUCUCAGCUUUAGCAGAACUCACUUGCUUGACGUUGUGACCGCGGACUGACACCCUCCUGCCUCGGGCAUGCCUCAGCCGGGCAUGAAUGGGAUGGAGCCAGCAUUUGGCGAGGCCUACGGGGGCCACAGGGGUCUGCUGAGCCCUUACCCUCUGGCCAUGUCGCCACAAGGGGGCAGGACUGAGUACGAUCAGAGCGUGCUCCUCAUGCUGGGCUCCCCGGCAUCGCCAAGGAAACGGCCCUUCGAGUUGCUAAGCGACCUGGUGGACGACGGCGGCUUCGGCGAGGACCUUCACCCGGAGCGCUGGGAUGUGUCAGCGCUGGACGAGAUGGCUCGCUACACCAAGCUGGGCCUCGGCGUAGGGGGGGAGCUGCUGGCCGGCUCGGAGGAGGCCGUCCUGAUGGGCCGCUGGGGGAGGAGCCGCGAGGAGGAGAAGCAGGAGGAGGAGGAGGAGAGGAGGAGGAAGAGCAGCAAGGCGCCGACGACGCACGCGGCACCUCCGGUCACCCAGGAAGUCCAGGUCGCCUCCGCCGUAGAGAGGGAGGAAGGGCGUAUCUGCGUUACCACGACGACAGAGAGGGAGUUGGGCGUUGCAGGAAGAGCGGCGGGGGGAGGACAGGAUGGGGGGAUUGUGAGGGGGCGCACUGUGGAGGUAUAUCAGGUGGCACAGGAGGAAGAGGAGGUGGUGGCGGCGGCCGCGGCAGGUUUGGCUCUGGAGCACUGCAGCGAGGAGCACAACUACUCCCUGAGCCAAGGAGGCGAGCUGGGGACGGGAGGCGCUCACAACCCCCAGACAGAGGAGGAGGAGGAGGAGGGGGAGGAGGUGCAGGCGGGGGAGACACAGCAGGAGGCGCGGGACAGAGAGGAGGCCAAAGGGUCGGAGCUGGAGCUGGAGCUUGAGCUGGAGGAGAAGGACGAGGAGCAGGAGGAAGAAGAAGAAGAGGAGGAGGAGGAGGACGACGAAGAGGACGAAGGAGAGGAGGGAGCGGAGGAGACGGCGGCCGAGGCUGAACUCUCCAGCUCCUCGGAAACCGAAUGCGAGGUGGAGGCGGAACCAGCGAGGCAGCCGGGCGAGCGUCCGUCGAAGCGGCGCUGUUUCUGGGAGUACCGACGCGCUCGAGAGUCGGCCACGAAGAAGAAGCUGGGCGGAGACGUCCACUGGUCUCUGUCCUGGAGCUCCAGCACUCUGCCCAGCACGCUGUACCGCAGAGAGGGCAAAAAAGGCCGCCGCAAAGCCCGCAAGACGGACGCCAGCGACCUCACGCCGAACCCCCAGAAGCUCCACAACAUCGGGGAGCAGCUGCAGAAGCUCAACGCCGCCAUCGACGGCAUGGGUCCGGUCAACGACCUGCCCGCCGUGGCCCGAGCACGGUCCCGCAAGGAGAAGAACAAGCUCGCCUCCAGGGCCUGCAGACUGAAGAAGAAGGCUCAGCACGAAGCCAACAAGAUCAAGCUGUGGGGGCUCAACCAGGAGUACGAGAACCUGUUGGGGGCGCUGCUGCGGAUCAAAGAGGUGAUCCGACAGAGAGUGGAGAGCAGCGAGGAAGAAGACACGGACGAGCGAGGGAUGACCCAACGCCUGGAAGACAUCCUUCGAGAGUCCAGCGGCCCCUUAGUUGCCGGGCGGACCAAAGACUUUGUGCAGAGGAUUUUGGCGGCCAGCGCGGACGGUCAAAGCCAGCGCAAAGAACCCCCGCAGGGAGGAGACGAAGCAGCGGGAUAAAACUCACCCGGCUACUCCACCUCCUCCUCCUCCUCCUCUUCCUCUCUCACCCUCCUCCUCCCCCCCUUUCUUCGGGAGCACUACCGCCGCGAGCAACCUCCACGCCACAUAAACAACCUCCACUCUCACAGCUUCCUUCCAAGUAAGAGCAAAGAUGUGAAGUAGAGGUGUGGAGGGAGGAUGUGAAAGAAGAAGACGAAGAAGAAUAAGAAGAAAAGGAGGAGGAGGAGGAAAGGAGGGAGGGAGGGAGGGAGGAAGGAGUAGCCUAAACAAAAAUGGGAGUAAAUUGCCACCCUUGUUCUUCCUCCUCCUCCUCCUCCUCCUCCUCCUCCUCUCCUGUUGGCCCUCCAAACAGCAGCCUUCUUCACUGCUCUGUCUCUGCAGGCUGCACCACAACCACCACCAAGCCAGAGCUGCUGCUGCUGCUGCUGCUGCUGCUGCUGCUGCUGACGUCUGUGUAAUCUGUGUCCGUGUGUGUGUGUGUGUGUGUGUGUGUGUGCGUGCGUGCAUGUGUGUGUGUGUGUGUGUGUGUUUGGACAUGUAACAUACCGUAUGAGCGUGUAUAGUGUUCCCCUCUCUCCCUCUGUGUGCUGUAUUUGUAUCCCAUUGUGCCUAUGAAUAGACAUUGCACUGUUUUUUGUAGAUGGUCGUAGUUGUCGGCAGGGGAACCGGUAGUGAGCCGAGGGCGAGGGGGCAUUUGAGGAUAGAGGAAGCGCUAAAAUAAGGAAGUGGGGAGGAGCCCUGGCCCCUGGAAAACAAAGAAGCGGGUGUAUGUUUCUUGGUUUUUUUUUUUUUUUUUUAUAAAUUUGGCCGGGCUCCUAUAGAAGCACUGCAUACCAUUCGGAUUGCAUCUGCAUCUGAAAUAUCAGUAAGUGCUGCGACACACACACACACACAGCGAGCGAUGGAAGCUCCAACGCCAGGCCAGCUGUUAACUGGAAACAACAGCUUGCUUGUUGUGGAAAAGUCCUUGGAGCUUUAAUUCCCCAACCUCCCACCAUCACCCCUUCUCUUCCCAAUCCUCCCUUCCUUCCUCUACCCCCUUCACAUCAAAAUGAAAGCUAAGUCAAAACCGAAAGAGAGAAAAACUGCACCUUAAUUCAAACUGACCAAAGAUAACUGAUACUGCUGAACCACUCGGACACCAAAACCUCUCACGUGCUUCAGAUGCUGCCAAUCAUUAAAAACACGUCUUUUUAUUUUUUAUUUUUU